ACUGGCAGGCGGCGCCGGUGGCCGCUGCCAAAGGGGAAGUGAUCUGGGGCUGGAGCGAUGGCCCGGGUCUGGUGCCCGCGGCCGCCGCCGCCGCCGCCGCCACCAACACCAACAACAACGUGUCGGGAGCAGCCGCGGCCGAAGCCGGAGCAGGGGCCGGAGUCGCGGCUGGAGUGGGGCCUGCGCGUGUGAGUGGCCGAGAGUUGCCCGUGCCGGAGACCUCAAACUACGGGCGGGAGCGCUUUCUGUCGGCCAAGCCGCCGUCGCCCGCGGCACCGUGUCCCCAAGGCCCAGACAGCGGGGCGGGGGUCUAGCAGGCGCGGGACUGGCUUCUCUCAGGCCGACCCUUCGAGCCGGGAUCCGGAUCUUCCUCGGCCUCGGGCCUCCUUCACGUUCAGGACGGAGGCCGGAGAACGGUGAUCAUCACACACCCCAGCCAGCUUCUUGGGCCGGGCAUUUUCUCUGCGGCCAAGCAGUGUUGGGAUUGUAACUGCUGGGAGCCGCCUCCUGCCGCCACCUGUCCUGCCAGGAAGGGACUGACGCGUUCCCACGUUCUUGCUCUGCACCUCCCCGCUCUCUUCCCAUUCAAGAACAAGUUUCUCUUCCCUCUCCGUUGGAAAUCCUCCCCCGGAGGUACAAAACACCUAUUUUAAGCGUGCCCUUCCUCAGCUCCUGGAGCACUCUUAGAAGUAUUGCCUACUUAUCCGGGCUGAGAAUCCUUCAUUUUUGACUUGGCUUUUUUUCGCCAUUUGGAAGAUAGAUAAAGGCCCCUUUCCACCCUCUACUAACACUCUGCGCCCAAGGCCUUAUCCUUUGGGGUCACCAGCUCCUUGGCCAUUUCUAUGUGAUUUCCCCCACCCAUCUGAGUUCCAGUUUCCUCUGGGCUCCAAUCUCCAGUCCCUGGCGGAUCUGGUCAGUCCCACCCCUAGGUGGGAGUGACCAGGGGGCUCUGGCCCAGGAUCUCCAACCCUGGAAGGCAGCUCCAAGGCAGGAAGAGAAUUGGGCGUCGGGUACGAACCUGGCAGCUCAGGAGUCGGGGCUCCACUUACCCCACACAAAAAGAUGAAAAAGCGCAAAGAGCUCAAUGCACUGAUUGGUUUGGCUGGGGACAGCCGGAGAAAGAAGCCCAAGAAGGGCCCAAGCAGUCACCGCCUGCUUCGCACUGAGCCUCCCGACUCAGACUCUGAGUCCAGCUCCGAAGAGGAAGAAGAAUUCGGUGUGGUUGGAAAUCGCUCUCGCUUUGCCAAGGGAGACUAUUUACGAUGCUGCAAGAUCUGUUAUCCGCUCUGUGGUUUUGUCAUCCUUGCUGCCUGUGUUGUGGCCUGUGUUGGCUUGGUAUGGAUGCAGGUUGCUCUCAAGGAGGAUCUGGAUGCCCUCAAGGAAAAAUUUCGAACAAUGGAAUCUAAUCAGAAAAGCUCAUUCCAAGAAAUCCCCAAACUUAAUGAAGAACUACUCAGCAAGCAAAAACAGCUUGAGAAGAUUGAAUCUGGAGAGAUGGGUUUGAACAAAGUCUGGAUAAACAUCACAGAAAUGAAUAAGCAGAUUUCUCUGUUGACUUCUGCAGUGAACCACCUCAAAGCCAAUGUUAAGUCAGCUGCAGACUUGAUUAGCCUGCCUGCCACUGUAGAGGGACUUCAGAAGAGCGUAGCUUCCAUUGGCAAUACUUUAAACAGUGUCCAUCUUGCUGUGGAAGCACUACAGAAAACUGUGGAUGAACAGAAGAAAACGAUGGAAUUACUGCAGAGUGAUAUGAAUCAGCACUUCUUGAAGGAGACUCCUGGAAGCAACCAGAUCAUUCCAUCACCUUCAGCCACAUCAGAACUUGACAAUAAAACCCAUAGUGAGAAUUUGAAACAGGAUAUCCUGUACCUUCACAGCUCUUUAGAGGAGGUAAACAGUGCCCUAGUGGGGUACCAGAGACAGAAUGAUCUUAAACUCGAGGGAAUGAACGAGACAGUCAGUAAUCUUACCCAGAGAGUCAACCUGAUAGAAAGCGAUGUGGUUGCUAUGAGCAAGGUAGAAAAGAAAGCAAACCUGUCCUUCAGCAUGAUGGGUGAUAGAUCUGCCACUCUGAAAAGAGCAUCUUUGGAUCAAGUCACCAACAAAACAAAUACAGUAAAAAUCCAAAACAUAAAGAAAGAAGAUAGUUCAAAUUCUCAGGUAUCCAAGCUAAGAGAGAAACUCCAGCUGAUCAGUGCUCUUACAAACAAACCUGAGAGCAACAGGCCUCCAGAGACCGCCGAUGAAGAGCAAGUAGAGAGUUUCACAUCAAAGCCAUCAGCAUUGCAAUUUUCACAGCUUGGAGAUCCAGUUGAGAAAGCUGCCCAACUACAAAGACCUGUCUCUCUACCAGGAGUUUCUAGCGAGUUGAGACUACUUUUAACUAAAUUUAGCUGUAUGUUUAGACAUAUACAUUUUUUUAAUUCAUUUUUGACAGAUCUUCAGGAUUUAUUCCACAAGGCUGGCCAGGACGUGGAUGGGAAGCUGACCUACCAGGAAAUCUGGACCUCCCUAGGUUCUGCUAUGCCAGAACCAGAGAACUUGAGAGCAUUUGAUUCCGAUGGAGAUGGAAGAUACUCAUUCCUCGAGCUAAGGGUAGCUUUAGGUAUCUAGCCUCAUCAGGCAUAUUUUAGAAAUGGAUUGCCUAAUAUCUACUUACCUAACAACAAAACAACCCUUACUUACCCAUCAGUCCUCUAGUCCUCCAAACUACUGUAGCAGAUACUUUGCCACCUUUUAACUUGUUUGAAGAAGCUAUAUAAAAGUUAUUUUUUUAAAGAAGAAGACCAUUUUACUUAUGAUGUUCAGAAAUCUAUGAUUUCCUAAAACUAGUAAGAUCUUACAUUUUAAAAUUGCCAGAAAAAAAAAUUAAAGCCCUCUUUUUUUCUCUUUCCUUUUUUUGAGGGGAGGAGACCUUAUCUUUUAAAGCUGGGAAAUGUAUAUAGAGAGAGAAUAAGCCACCUUUUAUAUUUCACUUAAAUUUGCCUUAAAUUAGCUGCACUUUAUAGAGACUCAGAAAAUGUCUUUUCUUUAAAAGAUAGGCCUUUUCUGUGUGUAAAUACUUAAAUGAAAGAAAGCAUUGUGCAUAUUGUGUGGAAAGUAGGAAGAAUGGUUUUGAACAGGAUGUGAACAAAUGACUUAUUAAAAAUUGCUGAUCUGGUGUGGGUGGCAGCUGAAACUGCAUCCAUGUCUCCAUAAGGCAUCUCUCAAAGGCCCAGGCGCUGCCAGGGGGUUUGUCCUGGUAGCUGGAGGAACCGAUUUCAGGGAGUAGACACUGGAGACAGUACUGACUCCAGGCAUGGCUCAUGGAAGUAGGAUUCUGGUUCUUUAUUCCUAUUCCCUCAGCUAAACCCAACCUGGGAAUCAGAGAGGUCUUGGGGAUUUUUCUCAUUUUUAGUACUAUUUCAGGGUUUAUGAGCAUAAAAAGUUAUCCACUGGGGAGCUCCAUUUUCCCCGCUGAGUGAGCUAGAUUGCCUUCCCCCACCCACCCACUUAAGUCUGUCUUAAAGCCGUAGCUGGCUCCCACCACCAGUACAAUCUCCAUUCUGAAUGGCAGGGCUAAAUUCCCCAGCCAUUGUCUCACACUGACCACCCAGAGCUUUAGAAGAGAGCUGUGCUUCUAAUUUUGACCCAGAAAACCAUACCCCUUGAGAUUUUACCUAGAGGCUAAUCAAGAGCCUGAUAUGUUUCUCUGGGGAAUGACUAAAGCCAAAAAGGUUGUGAGAUGAAACAUGUGAAAUAAUAUUCCGUUUCCUUACAAUUAUCAGCUCAGAAGUAGCUAGAGGCUUUCUAUCCAAAGGAUGCCAAAGUAUAGCAGGGCAGGCCUGGAGCUGGGGCCUUCACAUCGUGGUAGCAAGUAUUUCAAAUCUAAUACAAGCAAGUACAAUACUUCCUAUUAAUGCUUCUGUGGACCUGGCAUGAAAGAUCCCUAGAUUGAAAGAAAUAAUACCUCCAUGUCUCCUGUAUGUUGAGUCUAGAAUUGCUGUGUUGUUCUUAGAAGCAGUCUUGGGGCAACAACUCGAAAGGAAAAAAAAACUACGAAAACUUAACAUUGCUAUAGGCCAAGUCAGGGAGAAAGUAGAGAAGCUUUCAUGCCACAGACUUCUUUAGUGGAGGUCAUUUCCUUUUUAAUUUUAUUCAGAUUGCCCUUCAGCCAUGGAUACAGUCCGGUACCCUUAAACAUUUAAGGGCUGUUUUUUUCUUUACAUGAUGUUCAGCUUGGUGUUGACUAACCUUAAAUUUUUUUUCUAGAAGUAUUAAAAUUUAGUUAAAGCAAAAUGAAGUCUUUUCCCAUGAAUGUGUCCCCUUAUCUCAUUAUAGCUUAUGCUCAGUUUCACUUUCUUGGAAAGGUUAAAAUGAAUUAGCCUGGCACUUUAGGUAACUUGAAAAUAACUCUCACCCUUCUGGCUGCCUUCCAUCCACUCUCACCCUCCACCUUUUUUUAAUAUAUAUACACCCUUACAGAUUUUCUAACAACCAAAUAAAAUUCUAGCAAUAAAUUGAAUUAUACUGCUAUAUUUGUAUAUACUGUACCAUAAAUAGUAUGUCUGUACCUGGAAGGUAUUUUUUUGAAAACUGAUUUAUAUGAAAUAUACUUGAGGGUAAUGUAGCUUGUCCUUUUUAGUUUCAGAUUCUUAUUCAUAGGCAGAUUCUUUGAAGACACCUUAACUCUUUGUUGUGUGUACUUUUCCCUUGCAUCAGAUAGCUAUAUGUGGAGAAAUCCAUUUUGUUUUUUGAUUUAUCUUCUGUUCUUCCUACCUUGUGCUUGUCUGACUAGUAUCAUCCCUGAGCCAGUAUAUAGUACCAUCCGCUCCCCCUACCAAGUUUGGCAGAGGUGUUUAUGCUGCAUUCUCAGAUCUAUGAAUAUUUUUGUCAUCCUGCCUGAGAAAGUACUAUAUCUUCCAGGCAAAAGUAGGGUAUCUUGAACUCCUGAGUUGAGCAGACUCACUGGCUUAAGCGUCCCAUAAGCCUAUUAUUUAGUGUGAAUUUGGUACUUUCAUUUGUGUGUUGUCUUAACUUACUGAGCCUGUGACUUGUAUUCAGCUGUAGUCAAGCCUCACCAGCCAUAUCUCAUCUCUGAGAGGAAGACUGGAUAGUGAAUUUGGUUUGGGUUUUGGUUUUAAAUCCUUUUACCUUUUCAGUCUGGCAGCUCCUACUGCUGCUUUCCUAAGUUACUCACUGCUUCUUGGUCCUUGUUUUCUUUUGCCUUGUACUAUCUCGUAUAAUGUUUACUAAAAGAGCCUCCCCAUAAAUCACAGAGGCAAAAAGGUAGCAUAGAAAAAGAAGAACCAAAAGAAGAGAAUACCUGACUUCGAGAUGACUGUGGUGUCAUCUAAAAGGCAGAGAGGUGCCUGACCCUCAGGAAGGUGUGUGAUGCAACAGAGCUGAAGAGUGGGUUCCCGUCACCUACUGCUGGCCAUUGUCCCUUCUGUUGGAGAUUCCUUUCUUUAUGGUUGCUGUUCAUAACCCCUUCAGCACCCCCGCUUGCUGGUCCUGCCGGUCACAGUUGAGGAUUUUGGCUGUGAUGGGCUCAUACUUAUAAUGGCCUGUUGAGUUGUUUUUAGUGACAGGUUUUGUUUGCUGCACACCUCAUUGGCUUGCUUACCAGCACCAGCUAGAUGUGGUCCCUCUUUCAUAUCCAAACCGGAACACAUUUGGGUAUUCCUGAGACUUUAUAGAGCGUGUAUUGUUUGUUAUACGAACCUAACCUACCUUGUUGUUUUCUCAUAUUAAGAAAUUUAAAUCUACUUUGUUUUAGUGGAGCUAUUUUGGUAACAUAUAAGCAAUUUUGGUUCUGUUUAGGGAGAAUUCAGGGUUUCCAUGACUUGAUUUGAGCUUUGCAUAUUUCAUAUAAGUAACACAGCCAUUUUAAUUUAGCUAAAUAAAAAAAUUUCUUUUUCUCUCAA